AAAGACAGAGACAAUAGACUUUAAUCACUCAUGUGGUUGAGAGCUGUUGGUUAGAGCUGAGCUCCACGCGUGCUGAGAGGGAAAGAAAGGAAAAGGGAAACAGUGAAACUGCACACGGUGGGAGGACAAGUGGAGGGAGAGAAACAGGAAGGGAGAAGACUGAGGUGGACAACUUGAGAGGAGAGUUGUCAUUUGUGUCCGGGGCUGAAGACCAGACAGUUAAUGACCAGACUGAGGAGAGAGGAGGAGGUGACCAACACAGGGAGUCUACUUCAUUCUGAAGAAAAACCUGAACUUGAAAACCACCUCAAGAGCUCCACGUUUCUUCACAUUCCACCCAAGCCCUCUCCAUCCACCCUGCUGUCCAAACUGGAGUAUGUCCUGCCGUCCCUGUCAUCCCUGCCGCUGAUCCAAGCGGUCAGCAUGAUCUCCCACUACCCUCUGGCCACCCUCAUGCCUUGGCCCGCGAGUCCCCACCACCACUGUCCCGACCUGGACUGCACCUUGCUGCUGGAGGGGGAAGGAGGGGUCGCCCUGCAGAGGUACCAGCCUCGCUACCCGGAGAGCAGCCCACGACACUGGAGCUCGGUGCAGGACUGGGGGGAGGAAGUUGAGGAAGGAGCCAUCUACAAUGUGACGCUGAAGAGGGUUCAGAUUCAGCAGGCGGCCAACAAGGGAGCGAGAUGGCUGGGGGCGGAGGGGGAUCGUCUGCCUCCCGGCCACACGGUGAGCCAACUGGAGACCUGCAAAAUCCGCAGCAUCCGUGCCGGAACACUGGAGCGUCUGGUGGAGACGUUGUUGACGGCGUUCGGAGACAACGACCUCACCUACACCUCCAUCUUCCUGUCCACCUACAGAGCCUUCACCUGCACGCAGACCGUGCUGCAGCUCCUGCUGGGCAGCUACGGAUGCAUGGAGGAAAACGAGCAAGGCACAGACAAAUGCCGAGGCUCUGAAACCACGGGAGCCAUCAGAACUGCCUUGGCCUCCAUCCUGCGUGCCUGGCUGGACCAGUGUCCCGAAGACUUCCAGGAGCCUCCUGACUACCCCAGUCUCCACAGGCUGAUGGACUACCUGCGCAAGGCCCUGCCCGGCUCAGAGGCUCUCAGGCGGGCAGAGGGUCUGCUGGAGCAGCUGCAGAGUCAGGCCAGCAUGGAUGACACUGAUGCUGGUUUCCACGGCAACAGUUCUUUCUGCCUGGGGGAAGAGGAGGAAGUGGAGAUUGAGGUGCAGGAGGACUUCCUCUCAUUUGAUGCAGACCUGGUGGCUGAGCAGCUGACCUACAUGGAUGCACUGCUGUUUAAAAAGGUUGUGCCCCACCACUGCCUGGGCUCGAUCUGGUCGCAGAGGGAUAAGAAGCACAACAAGCACAGUGCCCCCACCAUCCGAGCCACCAUCACCCAGUUCAACGCCGUGGCGGCCUGCGUGGUCAGCACGGUGCUGAAACACAAACAGAUCCGACCGCACGUCAGAGCACGGGUCAUCCAGCGCUGGAUAGACAUUGCCCAGGAGUGUCGAAUACGCAAGAACUUCUCGUCUCUGCGAGCCAUCGUGUCCGCGCUGCAGUCCAAUCCUCUGUACAGGCUGAAAAGAGCAUGGGCCUGUGUGCACAAAGACAGCAUGCAGACAUUUGAGGAACUGUCGGACAUUUUUUCGGACCACAACAACUACCUGACCAGCAGAGAGCUACUCAUGAGGGAAGGCACCUCAAAGUUUGCCAGUCUGGAGAGCUGCGCCAAGGAGCACCAGAAACGCACCCACAAGAGACUGCUGCUGCAGAGGGAGAUGGGAGCAAUGCAGGGAACAAUACCAUACUUGGGGACUUUUCUUACCGACCUAACCAUGUUGGAUACAGCCCUGCCUGACCUAGUAGAGGGUGCUCUGAUCAACUUUGAGAAGAGACGCAGGGAGUUUGAGGUGAUCGCUCAGAUCAAGCUGCUGCAGUCGGCGUGCAACAGCUACUGUCUGACUCCGGAAUCAACUUUCCUGCGCUGGUUUAAGAGCCAUCCUCAGCUCAGUGAGGAGGAGAGCUACGGUUUGUCCUGUGAGAUUGAAGGCCUUGGUGACAGUAGUCCAACUUCCCUCAAGCCGCGAAAGAGCAUGGCGAAGAGACUCAGCCUGCUGUUCCUUGGGACAGACUAUAAUUCAGCCAGUUCUCCGGUCAGAGAGACGCCGCGAUCGCCUCCCACUGGCAGCUCAGGGGAGAGCAUGGACUCUGUCAGCGUGUCCUCCAGUGACUCCAGCAGCCCGUCGGACAGCGAGGGUCUCCCUCCGCCCACGACUCACACCUCUGACUCUCAACAAAACAAGCUUUCGGAAUCCUCCUCUUGUAAUUCACUCCACUCCAUGGACACCAGCUCGUCGACAGCCAGCGUCCCCAUGACCCCUGCGUCUCCCUCCCUCCCGGGGCCCACCUGCACCCACAGACGCUCCGCCUCGCUCACCCCCGUGACUCCUGGCUCCCCGAGCCAAACCCCGACGUACAACACCCAGGCCCAGGACGCGUGCAUCAUAAGAGUCAGUCUGGAGCAGGGCAACGGGAAUCUGUAUAAGAGCAUCCUGUUGACCAAUCAAGACAAGACCCGGGCUGUGAUUUCUAGAGCAAUGGCGAAGCACAACCUGGAGGUGGAGCCGGAGGAAGGAUACGAGCUGGUACAAGUCAUCUCUGAGGAGAGAGAGCUGGUGAUCCCAGACAACGCCAACGUCUUCUACGCCAUGAACACUUCGGCCAACUAUGACUUCCUGCUGCGGGUGCGAGGCACGGCGGCUCGGCCGGUCCAGCUGCGCAGCCGUUGCAGCUCCACACUCCCUCGAACCCAGCACCGCUCGAGCCUCUCGCUCAGACUCAGCAAAGUCACGCUGUGACCGAACUGUCGCGGCCCAGCAGCUUGCCCUUACACCACUCACCCGGGACAGCGCAGGGCAUGAACUGGAUUUCAAGUGUUUGUUUUUUUUGAGGGGGAGGCUUGGUGGAAGCAAAAUGGACCUUGAGGAAGCUCUGUAGGAUCCCUGUGUCCAAGAAGUGACUGAUGGAUCCCAAUGAGCUCUGAGACUUACAAAGAGCUUCACCUUGACUCUUAUUUGAAACAGUGCCAUCCCUUUGUCCAGCCUUAAUAUAGAACACGGAUGUGUAGUGUGACUGCUGUGCCAGUGCGACUCUGCUUUUGACUAGUGAUGCCUGUGACAGAAUGACACAGCGACCCCAAAUGGCCUCCGCUCUUCACAGCGACAGGUUUUUGCACAUGUGGGAGCGGCCAAACUCCUGACCUCCAACAGUAUUCUGACAUUUGUAAUGUACUUCUAAUUGUCCUGUGACGUCUGCGUAGCUGAAUAAUAACUCUUCUGGUUAAUGGAAGAGUGACAAGAGCAGAAAAAGAGAAGAUGGAUGGUGGAGGAGGAGGAGGAGAGGUGGACUGAGUUUCCAGUCCUGUUUGCCUUUAUCGAUGACCGAAUGGACCUCUGACAGUAAUCUGAAUGAUAUUGAUGAACUGAUUGACAGGAGCUGUGAUGUCAUUAUUUCCCCUUGGUGGACAUGUUCGCCCGCCGUGUCUGCCUUGUGCACAGUGUGCACAGUGUGUUCAAGCCCCUAUCAUAUUGUGAGCUGUGUGACGAAUGCAGCGUUUUGUGCGCAUUCUGAUUGGUUCCCCGUACUUGGUUUUAACAAGUCCUUCGACGUAUGUUGGAACGGCCUUACCAGCCCUGUAUUCAGGGUGUAGAGAUGCAAUUUGUGCUGCUGUAUUUACAUGUGCUUGUUUGAAAAAGAAAAAAAGGAAAACCAUACAGGUGUACAACAACAGGAGAAGAAAUGAAGGAAGUGUCUUCCUGAAAUGGGAAGCACCACGCACAUUGUCUCAAACUGAUGCAUACUUGUACCUCUUUGCCCUUCAUUAUAUGAAUUAUAGAGUUGCACUUGUCAGUUGGCAGGAGGUGCCAAUGGGAUGUGAAUGCAGAAGAAUGAGCGAGCCACUCUGUUAGUGGCUUAGUCCCUCUUCACAAAAUGAAUUACUAUUUGUUUUUGUAAUUGUUGCCUUUUUUAAAAAUAUGUUUUUGUAACAAAAUUCAGGGCAGAAAAGAAAGCCAGUCGGAGGCUGAUAGAGGUUUUUUGAAAGUAAAUGCUAUCGAAGUCAGUGUCAUGUUUAAGCCAGCGCUAAUUUCACCGUGAUGCGUUUGGAAAUAUUCACUGAGGGACUCUUUGCCUCAUUAUACUCACAGAAGCCAAACACCUCUUCACACACUCCUCAUUUCCAACCCCAUCAUGGUUGCACAGCAACACUUCAUCAGCUGUCCACAUCAUGGAGACACGCUGGCAGAUUAACACUCAUUUAUAUUUCUCUCAGUUGUUCUCCACAGCUCCUACAUUGUCAUUCUAUUGUGCCAUGACAGCAUGUUUGUGCAACCGGUUAAUGUUCCUCGGUUAAUAUCACAGAGAGCUGGUUCGCCGUUGGCCCGGACAUUUGUCUCUGUGCAGCACUGCAUUUUAAAAAGGUUAUCUUCAAUCACCCUCAGCUCCUGUGUUCUUCACUGCCAAAGACCCUUUCUUCUACCUGAAUAAAUACAUAAAUUAUUAUCAUUA